GUCUGGACGUGGAGGAGCGGCGCGUCCUCGACGGUGCGCGUCCACUUCUGAAUGACGGACGCCGUCUCCAGGUUACGUGACAUUGUGGAAGUGCAGGACGCUUCAGAGCCGCCGUGGGUUACUUUGAAGGUCUGGGGGUCGGCAGGUGACGUGUUUUUCCCCACUGCGCACGAUGUACACAAUUACAAAAGGGCCAAGCAAACUGGUCACCCAGCGGCGGACAGGGCCGACGCAGCAACUUGACAACAAAAUAAACGACUUCAAGCACAAACAAACGUCCUGGAGCAUGCCGGACCUUCCUGCUCCCAAGAUAGUUUUCAGCCGUCCGAAUGGUAAGAAGUACCAUCACCCUGCUCCGGCUCUCCCGGAAGACCACCAGCAGGAAGAGCGCUUCACACCUGUGCACGAGGAGAACGUCAAAUUUGUCUUGGAUGCCUGGCAGGAGGUGCAGGGGCCCGAGGAGGCCCAGGGAGCAGUCCACUACAAAGAACCCACUCCAAACCUGCACAUGGGCAACUUCGUCCCCAUAGAUCUGGAUGAAUGGUGGGCCCAACGUUUCCUUGCCAACAUAGACAAGCUGUCCUGACGCUCCUCUGGGACUCGUGAAUGUUGACAGGCGGUCAGGAGUGGAGAGCUGAAGCAGGACGCUCGGUGCAGGAGGCCCAGGCGGGUUAGAACCGCCCCAAAGCGGUUUAAAUGGAACGCACGGCGCUGGGACGCUCGCAUAGAAACCAGAGAACCGCCUCACUUGAACUCUCGCAUUUUGAACUGCGAAUCCAUCGCUGAAUAUUCUCUCUGCACACUGGAGGACGACUCGGGAGUCGAUGUUUCUCAUUGUUCCACCCUCACAGCAGAGAUGUCAUGUUCCUUUUUUUUUUUUUUUAAAUGCAGUAAAAAAAUUGUAUUUUCAAGAAGCGCCGUCUUGGAAUCUUUUAUUAACUGAUCGUUGCUUCGCCGCAUCAAUAAUGCUGAUGUCACACAAAGUAUUUUAAAUGCAUUUUAUUAGAUUCGCUGGCACUUUGAUAUUAUCAACGACACCUGUGGAGAAUCUGCCACCGAGUCACAUUUGCAGCUCGUACACAGGUUUAGAUUAAAUGACAUUUUCUUUUCUUCAUUUGACGGUUCAAAAACAAUUACAUGAAAUACACCCCUCAACCCCAGGAACUGCAACAGUCAACACAAAAUAUUAAUUAAUAUUGGAGGGCUUAUAAAAAGUGUUUAACGGCUCUAUUCAGCAGUGAGGACGUCUUCUAAUCCACACUUCAUAAUAAAGCUGCUCUAGUUACACAGA